UCAGCUUCUCACCAUGUCUUCUCACAAGACUUUCAGAAUCAAGCAAUUCCUGGCCAAGAAACAAAAGCAAAAUCGGCCUAUUCCUCAGUGGAUUCGGAUGAAAACCAAUAACAAAUUCAGGUACAACUCCAAGAGAAGACACUGGAGGAGAACCAAGCUGGGCCUAUAA